AUGGCGAGUGUUAGCGGAAGAAUCCUCUUCUCCCUCUCUUCUUCCAUAACCAGACGCCUUCAUGGUAAACGCUUCUCAUUCUUCACACUCUCAAACCCUACCAUCAUUUUCCCACGAUUCAGACCUCUCUGUUCCAUAACCGCUUCACCCGAAGUUCUAUUAGACACCGACACUGAAAAACACUCGAUUCUUCUCGAGAAGCUGAGAGUUAGACAUCUAAAAGGAAGUGCUACAAAACCGGCUUCUGAAAUUGUGAAGAAAUCUGACGGGAAGGAGGGGAAGAAGAAGGAGGCUGUUGUUGUUGAUGUUGGAAGUUUUGGGGAAUUGGGGAUUAGUGAUGAGGUUAUGGGGGCUGUUAAAGAAAUUGGGAUUGAAGUUCCUACUGAGAUACAGUGUAUUGGUAUUCCUGCCGUUUUGGAGGGGAAAAGUGUUGUGUUAGGGUCUCAUACUGGUUCUGGAAAAACUCUUGCUUACUUGCUUCCACUUGUUCAGUUGCUAAGACGAGAUGAGCAGUUGAAUGGACUAGUUUUGAAGCCCAAGCGUCCCCGAGCUGUUGUGCUAUGCCCUACAAGGGAGUUGUCUGAGCAGGUUUUUCGAGUUGCAAAAUCAAUAAGCCAUCAUGCACGAUUCAGGUGCACCAUGGUAAGUGGUGGUGGCCGUCUUAGGCCUCAGGAGGAUUCACUUAGUAACCCCAUUGAUAUGGUAGUUGGUACCCCUGGCAGGAUUCUUCAACAUAUUGAGGAGGGAAAUAUGGUAUACGGUGACAUCCAAUACUUGGUAUUAGACGAGGCAGACACGAUGUUUGAUCAGGGAUUUGGUCCUGAUAUUCGCAAGUUCAUAGCCCCAUUAAAACAGCGUGCUUCUAAACCUGAUAGCCUAGGUUUCCAGACUGUUUUGGUUACUGCAACCAUGACAAAGGCUGUGCAAAAUCUGGUUGAUGAGGAGUUUCAAGGCAUUGUCCAUCUGCGCACUUCCACGUUGCAUAAAAAGAUUUCUUCUGCUCGUCAUGAUUUUCUUAAACUUUCUGGUUCUGAGAACAAGCUGGAUGCAUUACUUCAGGUAUUAGAGCCAAGUCUUGCCAAGGGUAACAGGGUAAUGGUUUUCUGCAACACAUUGAAUUCUAGCCGUGCUGUGGAUCACUUUCUUGGUGAAAAUCUGAUUUUUACUGUGAAUUACCACGGGGAGGUACCGGCAGAGCAAAGAGUUGAAAACCUCAACAAGUUUAAGAGUAACACUGGAGAUUGCCCUACAUUGGUUUGCACAGACUUGGCUGCUAGGGGUCUGGACUUAGAUGUCGAUCAUGUUAUCAUGUUUGAUUUCCCUCUGAAUUCUAUCGACUACCUCCAUCGCACAGGUAGAACUGCUCGUAUGGGUGCUAAAGGGAAAGUAACAAGUUUGGUUACUAAAAAGGACUUCGGCUUGGCAACCAAAAUAGAGGAGGCGAUAAGAAAGAAUGAAAGUUUGGAGGCUAUCACUAAAGAAAGUCUCCGAAUGGACGUAACCAGGAACCAAAUCACUGAGCAAAGAAGAAAGAACAAAAAUGUGGUCAAAACUUCAAAAGCUAGAGACAAAUCUGAUUCUCGCCCAACUUCUACCACUAACAGGUUAGGUAUUAGGGACAAAUCAGAUUCGCGCUCCAGUUCUGCAAAUACCAGGUCACGUAUUAGGGACAAAUCUGAUUCGCGCACCAGCUCUACAAACGCUAGGUCAGGUAUUAGGGGCAAAUCUGAUUCUCGCACCAGUUCUGAGAAUACCAGGUCACGUAUUAGGGACAAAUCUGAUUCGCGCACCGGUUCUGGGAAUACCAGGUCAGACAUGAAAUUUGGUAAACAAUCAUCGCCGUCAAAGUCUUCAAAGAAAGGAUUUCCCGUUUCAAAAUCUGUAAAAUCGUCCAGUCCAAAUAGCUUCAUAAAAGCUUCUUCGGAGAGUAAGCGAACGGGUAAAAGGGCCACUGUCACCAAAUCUACAAAUCCUAAACUCAGUGUUGUCGGGUUUAGGGGGCGGCGUUCAUCAUCAUCAGAUAAGAGACAAACAUUUUAG